GCAGAGGUGCGGUAUAUGGAAGUUGUGAGCUGCAAAACAGAGGCGAGCAGUUGCACGUUGUGUCCUGGACCCGGAGCCAUGCUUUUCCACGGGAUCUCCGGGGAUCACAUCCAAGGAAUCAUGGAGGAAAUGGAGAGGAGGACGAAGACGGAGUCACGCCUGGCCAAGGGUAUGCAGCUCAACGGCAGGGAGUCGAUGUGGCUAUUAGUGACAUCAGAGUGCGGGCCUGAUGCUCCAUACAUCAUAUCUGACUCAAACACGCACCUAUCAUCAUGUUGCUCAGUUUUAGGUUAAUAUUCAGUCAAUUACGUCAAAUGCAUAAAAAAAUGCAUUUUUUGACGGUGCGUCUGUUCCAGAAGGUUCUCCGUACAGAGGUGCGCGCGCUGCCACCUCGGGAUAUCCGCCUCGGAGAUGGUGAUGCGAGCGCGCGACUCCGUGUACCACCUGAGCUGCUUCACCUGCACCACGUGCAACAAGACCCUGACCACCGGCGACCACUUCGGCAUGAAGGACAGCCUGGUCUACUGCAGGCUGCACUUCGAGACGCUGGUGCAGGGCCCGGACUACCAUCCGCAGCUCAACUUCGCCGAGCUGGCGGCCAAGGGCGGCGGCCUCGCCCUGCCCUACUUCAACGGCACCGGGACGACUCAGAAAGGGAGGCCUCGCAAGAGGAAGAGCCCAGCCAUGGGGAUAGACAUACCCAGCUACAACACAGGCUGCAACGAGAAUGACACCGACCAUUUGGACCGGGACCAACAGGCCUACGCUCCAACACAGAAAACCAAACGCAUGCGGACCUCCUUUAAGCACCAUCAGCUUCGGACAAUGAAAUCCUACUUUGCCAUCAACCACAAUCCGGACGCCAAGGACUUAAAGCAGCUGGCCCAGAAAACAGGCCUCACUAAGAGAGUUCUGCAGGUUUGGUUCCAAAACGCAAGAGCCAAAUUCAGAAGGAACGUUUUGCGACAGGAGAAUGGAGGUGUUGAUAAGGCUGAUGGCACCUCACUCCCUCCGCCCUCAUCCGACAGUGGGGCCCUCACCCCCCCCUCCAGCGCGGCCACACUUACAGACCUGACAAACCCCUCUAUCACUGUAGUGACCUCCGUCACCUCUAGUUUGGACAGCCAUGAUUCGGGGAGCCCUUCGCAAACUACCUUGACAAACCUUUUCUAACAAGCUAUCUCUAUCAGACUGAUUGUUAUUUGAACUGAGUUUUUUUGUUUGUUUUGUUAUUUUUUUGCUUUUGCUCUUUUUUGGGAAGUUUUUUUUUCUCCAAGUUACAUUAUUUUUGUAAAUGACACCUUUAAAAUGAAGCAGAGACAGCUCCUGGGAAGAGACAAUGCUGUACUGUGCACACAAACAGGAACUACAACGGCAACAAGAGCAGCGACCACUUAGGAAAUUACUCUAAUGUGUAGCAUUCCAAGCUGCAAAGAUUGACUUCUGGAUUCUUGGACUAAUUUGGAGUUUUAAAGACAUUGGAAAAUUGUCUUGGAUUGCAGAUUUUUUUAUUUAGAAGGAAAGAAAACUUGAAACUUGGCUGGAAAUUUAGACUUUGCCUGAUUAGACUUAAUUCAUGUAUUUGUGGUUAAAUAUGUUUGAAACAAGCCCUCCCUAAUUUAUGUUUAAUUGGUAAAAUAAAAAAAGUAGUGCCAGAAGUAUGUAUAUGUAUGCACUGUGUUCGCACUAUCCAGAUUUUUUACCUUUUUCUUUUUCUUUUUAUUGGUACUGCGUUGGAAUAAUUUGGAAAACCUGUCGAAUGUUCUGUAUAUGGUUAACUCCGGAAAACAGGCUUUAAUUAAUACCGAAUGUUUUCAGUCUGGAAGGCUGACUUUGAUGGAAUCAGACGUCUGCAACCUGACAGAAGCUACAUGUAAACGCAUCUAAAUUUACACUGUAAAGCACCUAGAUGGCCGACAGAGAAGCUGAAACGACACCAAGGCGUUUUUUUCCUCAUGAAUCCAGAAGCAAAUCCCACACUCUGCGCAGUGGUAACUGUUCAACGCAUCCAUUGGUAGAAACUGUCGAUUAAAAAGCGCAACAUAAGAAAUUCCAAUCAGUUCUAAUCACUCGUCUUCAUGACAGAGCACUUUUUGCUUUUGGAACUUGUGGUUCUCCUUACCUAAUAGAAAAAAAAGCCUGGCAAACAUAUCCACAAACCCACAGCUAAACUCAGUUGCACAGUGACAAAAUACUGCCCAGAGAAAAGUGCAUUAUUGUCCUUAUCAUGUUGCUCAGGGUAAUGACGUGAUUUUAAAUGUAAAAAAAAAAAAAAAAGGAAAAAAAAG